CCUCCGCAACCAUCUGGAUUUUCAAGCUCAGGAGAGAGAUUUCAGCCUUGCACCAUGAUUCCGAGAGCUCCGAGCCUCUUCCACAUCGAGGACGGCGACGCGGGCGUCGCGGCGGCGGCGGCCCCUUCCGGCGAGCUCGUUGGGCUCCGGCUGAUCAUACAGCCGUCGCCGAGGCAGCGUCCGCGGCUGUCCGUGCUCAGGAGGUCGGCGGUGAGGCCGUCGCCGGCGGCGGCGACGGGAAACUCCGGGGGGUGCCGUCUUGACGAGGGCGGUGCUCCUGGCCGGGGGUUCAUGGGGCUGGGGUUCUUGAACUGCUGCUACUGCUGCCACAGGAAGCUUGACGCCGACAUGGACGUGUUCGUGUACAAAGGUGAGCACGCGUUCUGCAGCGCCGAAUGCCGGUGCCAGCAGAUGGCGAGAGAGGAGAGGCGAGAGAUCGAGAUGCUGGUGAGGCGACGCCGGGAAGCCUUCCACAGCCGGCGAGCCGCGCCGGCCAAGGUCAGGGGAGGGUCGUCGCCGGAUGAUCGCCACGCGAGGCUGCAAAUCGCCGCCUCGUGAUGCACUCAUGGCGGAUCGCUCGAGCGAGUCCAUCCAUGCAUCUCCGCUAGUUUCUGAACAAUUUUCAGGAGAAACUUGCUAGCGAGGACGAAGGCAGCUAGCUAUCUAGCUAUUCGAUUCUGUCUCUGUCCUGGAUCUUGUUGUCCUCGUCUACAUAGUACAUAAUAUGACUCGAAGACGAACACAAUCACGCUUGCUUGUGCUUAACUGAUGGAAUGGUUGAACUUGAGACACGAAAAACAUUACUGUCCAGAAAAUUAUAACCACUCAUGGAAUGUUCCUUCAGUUCUUCUCUUCCAAACUUAAAUUCCUGUCCUUUUUGGUGCAGUAUUAUCUUGCACACCUGGGUGCUCAUUUGCUCACCCAUCAAUAGAUUUGCACUCUGACAAUCUUGAGCAGCUGCAGACAGUGUUAUCUUAUAACAGUAUACUUGCACUCUGAUAAUCCCAAAUUCCCAAGUAAUU